GAAGGAUUAUAAAAUGUGAAGAUGGUUCCUCUUGCCAUUUAAGUGGCUCAGCUGGUGCACCAAACAAAAACAACGACAACUCCACAACUGAGGCGUACACGAAGAUUCAUUCAACGACUGCGCUCUGCAGCCACUCUUCUUGUCUAUUUCCCUUUUCCUUACUUCCAUCGCAGAUCCCACUUCCAACGAUCAAACCCAUUAACACUGCAAAAUUCUUCUGGAUUUGGUGAAGAGGAAAGUGUGAUGAUGAUGAAUUGAAUUGUUGAGAGGAGACAUGAACGUGAGCCAUGCUUCGGUUCACCCAGUUGAAGAAGUUCCAACGACUGAAGGUGGUGGUGCUGACCAAAACGUUAACGCUCCGAGGGUGAGGAUGAAGGAUAUUCAAGGCAUGCCCGGCACUGCCGGUGGCCUUUCUCUGCGUAUUUCUCAGCUUGUUUUCGCUGCUGCUGCUCUCUCUAUCAUGGCCUCCACUAGUGAUUUCCCUUCUGUCACUGCUUUCUGUUACCUUGUUGCUGCUGCCGGCUUGCAGUGUUUGUGGAGCUUUUCAUUGGCUAUUACUGAUGUGUAUGCCCUUUUAGUAAGGCGUUCUUUGCAGAACUAUCGAAUUGUCAGCUUGUUUACAAUUGGUGAUGGGGUGACUUCCACCCUUACAUUUGCAGCGGCCUGUGCAUCAGCAGGCAUCACAGUCCUGAUUGAUAAUGAUCUCGGAAGUUGUGCACAGAACCACUGUGUGCAGUUUGAAACGGCUACAGGCAUGGCCUUCAUUUGUUGGUUCACCACAGUGCCAUCUUUUCUCCUGAACUUCUGGUCCUUGGCAUCGCGGUAAUUCAAAACAGUGACAACCAGAAUCUUGGGUAGCUUGUAAAGUAAAUGUUGGUGUCAGGGGUUUGUUUGGCUGUUAUGUUUUGCACCUGUCAAAGUUUUUUAAGCUUCAUGUCAUGUGUUAGCACCAAAUGGUUGCAUGUGGUUAUUACUCACUCACUUGGUCAUAUUUGACGGUGGAGUGAAGAAAUAGGACUUUAUGGUUAGUUCAUAUUAUGCAUGGUACGAUGUAAAGAAACAGAUUCUAUAUGAACUUGGUGGCGUUUUGUAUGCGGAAGUCUGUGUAGUCUGUACACAGUUUUGUUCUGUUAACUAA